GGGACUUAAUGAAGGUGGCACUCCUGCUAUCUGUCCUGACUUCAGUCGCUCUGGCCCAAGGGUCGGUGUGGAACAGCAGUCUGCCCCACAGCUCGAGUCAGACAGACAGGAGCAGGAAACCAGUCCACAACACAUUAUCUGACACGCAGACAACAGGCGUGACAGAGUGGACAUCCUGGUUCAACAUUGACCAUCCUGGAGGGAAUGGAGACUAUGAGCGCCUGGAGGCCAUCCGUUUCUACUACAGAGAGAGAGUUUGUGCACGGCCCACGGCAAUGGAGGCUCGUACUACUGACUGGGUGGCAGCAGCAGACACUGGGGAAGUGGUCCACUCCAGUCUGGAGAAGGGCUUCUGGUGCAUCAACAAGGAGCAGCCGUAUGGACGCAUCUGCUCCAACUACCACGUCCGCUUUCAGUGUCCCCCAGUCCAGGCCUAUUGGACUGACUGGAGUGAAUGGGGUCCCUGUUCCACCACGGUCUGUAACGAUGUUGGCAUCCAGGUCCGCCAGAGGACAUGUGUCAGCACCCAGCCCCUACCUCUCUUGUUGGUGCCAGCAUGCCAAGGGCACCAUUCAGAGAGAAGGGAGUGUGCCACCCCUCAAUGCACAGCUAAAUGGAGUCCAUGGGGUCGAUGGGGAACUUGCUCAGCGACCUGCGGUGGAGGUCGUAGGAUUCGGAGGAGGACCUGUGUAAGGUCCUCGAUGACAGUGCAGUGUGUUGGACGACCUGUGGAAAUACAGAAGUGUGGAAAGAGUCCAUGCCCAGCCAAAUGUCAGCGAGUGUGCACUGAGGGCCAUCCCAGCGAGGACUGUAGCCGUUGUGUGUGUGACAGCCACGUGCUGGUAGGAGAAGUCUACAGUGUGACUGGAGUCCCUGUGGCGGGAGCCAGGGUUGCUCUUGCCAACCGGCCCAAGAUCAUCCGCGCCCGCACAAAUGUCAAGGGCCAGUUCAGGCUCCCUGGAAUCUGCUCCUCCAGCUCAACUUUGCUCUCCAUCAGGAAGGAGAAGUUUGCCCCUGCUGACGUCUCCACAUCUAGUAAUACCACAGGGUUGUCCUGGGUACGGGCUGUCCUCAAGUCAGCUGAGAAACCAUACAUUGUGAAGCACCCUGAGGACAAAGUGCGUUAUGAAGGAGGACGUGUGCUGUUGUGCUGCAAGGCAACAGGAUCGCCCACACCUGACAAAUAUUACUGGUACCACAAUGGUACUCUGCUGGACAGGAAGCUGUAUAAGUAUGAAGAGGACCUUGUACUGAGGAGCCUGAAGCCUGAGCAAUCAGGAGAGUACCACUGCAAAGCCAGCAGCUCCGCAGGCAGCAUCAAAUCCACACCAGCCCUCCUGACAGUUAUUGCAAAAGGAACUCCAGCAUGCAAUUCCACCCCGGAGACCCACCUCGUCAGACUGCCGAUGGAUUGCUUUCAACCUGGGACUGGCUCCAAGUUCUACAAUGCUGGCCGCUGCCCCCACAACAAAUGUGCUGGCUCUCUGGACUUUGAUAUGCGCUGCCGGGAUGGAGCUGGAUUCUGCUGUGGGGUCAAAAGUAUGGAAAGUCGAACCAUUGACUGUGGCACCUACAGCCUCCCCAUCCGCGCUGUGACAGAGUGCGGGUGUCAGAAGUGUGUGGAGCCUACUGUGCUGGUUCGUGGCAGAGUGGUCACAGCUGACAAUAAUGAGCCUCUGCGUUUUGGACACAUCUAUAUUGGCAGAGAGAGAGUGGGAACCACAGGCUAUCAAGGAGGUUUCACGCUACAAAUUACCCCAGACACACAGAGAUUAGUGGUAAAUUUUGUUGACCCCACGCAGAAGUUUAUUGACACUCCAAAAGUGUUCAUCUUUGACAAGAGAGGAGGAUCAAUCUACCAUGAUGUGAAAGUGAUGAGAAAACAGAUACCAAUUGACAUCAAUGCAGGGGAGACCAACACUAUCGACUUAGGGGAAAUUAAAGGGGAGGACCCCAUAGGCCAGUUAGUUAUUCCUCCCAAUUCCUUCCAUAAGGAAAAUGGAGAGAUUUAUGAAGGAACUGUGAAAGCCAGUGUCACAUUCAUUGACCCUAGAAAUAUCACUACAGCGGCUGCAGCUCCUGGCGACCUCAACUUUGUGGAUGCUGAGGGGGAUAUGCUCCCUUUGAGGACUUACGGCAUGUUCUCUGUUGACUUCCGAGAUGAUACAAACAAGGAGGUGCUUGGAGCUGGAGCGGUGCAGGUCCUUCUUGAUACACAGCAUGUGAAAAUGCAAGAGCACAUCCCAGCAAUGAAACUGUGGUCUUUAAACCCAGACACUGGAGUCUGGGAGGAGGAGAGUGACUUUACCUAUACCCAGACAACUACCGGUGGCCAUGGGAGGAGCAAACGAGAGGAGCGAACCUUUCUCAUAGGCAACAUGGAGAUAAGAGAACGGAGACUCUUCAAUCUGGAUGUACCUGAGAACAGACGCUGCUAUGUCAAAGUGCGGGCUUACAUGAGCGACAAGUUCCUUUCUACUGAACAGCUGGAAGGUGUUGUGAUCACCUUGAUAAACCUGGAGCCAAAGCCCGGCUACUCCUCUAACCCCAGGGCAUGGGGCCGCUUUGACAGUGUUAUAACUGGACCCAAUGGAGCCUGUCUCCCAGCUUUCUGUGAUGCCCAGAGGCCUGACGCUUACACUGCAUAUGUCACAGCAAUGAUGGGGGGAGAAGAGCUAGAGGCUGCUCCUUCCUCUCCCAAAAUGAAUCCAAACAUCAUUGGAGUUUCUCAGCCAUAUCUGGACAAAAUAGACUAUCAGCGCUCUGACCAUGAGGAUCCAGCCCUAAAGAAAACAGCCUUCAGGAUCAACCUGGCAAAGCCUAACUCUAAUAACCUUGAUGAGACCAAUGGACCAAUAUAUCCGUAUCAGAGUUUAAUAGCCUGUGAAAAUGCCCCAGUUGAUGCAAACCAUUUCAGAUUCUUCAGAGUGGAAAAGGACAAGUAUGAAUACAAUGUUGUUCCGUUCCAGGAGAAUGAUUUGACGACCUGGACAGGAGACUACCUCUCCUGGUGGCCAAACCCCCAAGAGUUCCGGGCAUGCUUCAUCAAGGUGAGGAUCCAUGGGCAGAAGGAAGUGAUGGUCAGGUCAAAGAACAUGGGAGGAACACACCGUGAGACAAAAGGCAAACUUUACGGCAUUAGAGACAUCCGGAGCACUCGGGACAUGAGAGAAGCCAACACCUCUGCAGCUUGCGUGGAGUUCAAAUGCAGCGGCAUGCUGUUUGAUCAAGCUGAGGUGGACAGAUCACUCAUAUCGAUCCUUCCACAGGGGAACUGUCGCAGAAUCAGCACCAACAAUCUCCUGCAAGAAUAUCUCACCAAGCAUCCACCAACCGCGCAGAACAACGAGUCCCAUGCAUUCACCAUGCUAGCCCCUGUGGAUCCUCUGGGACAUAACUAUGGCAUCUACACAGUCACAGACCAGAAUCCUAGAGUUGCCAAGGAGAUUGCUAUUGGACGCUGCUUUGACGGCACCUCAGAUGGUUUUUCCAGGGAGAUGAAGUCGGACUCUGGAGUUGCGCUGACAUACAGCUGCCCAGAGAGGAAAAUUAGCAGGGAGAGCCUCUUCCAGCGUCUCCAGACUAACCCAGGCCAGACAUUGUCUCAAAUGGCAAGAGCCAUGAGAGAGAUGGAGGGUCUGCAGGUGCAGAGAUCAGCCACCCAGGUGGUGGCCUAUCCCUCAGAGCAGCGGGGCAGGACCCAGACUCGCAGAGUCAGCUCUACAAACAGAAGGAGAGCAACCACGCGCACACAACAACGCCAGUAGAUGUGCUGAGAGGUUGACUUUGAUAAGAUGGCAUCAAGCCAAGGAAGUAAAGGGUCAUUCUUGGUCAGUGUGUUGAUGAUGAGUAUGAACUCCCUCCUGACUAUAAAAUCACCGAACUGAGGCAGAUAGCGAUUCAGCAAAACCGCCAGUGUGAUUAAAUUGAAGAUAUUCAUUAGUCUUAGAUUUACUUGAACGGUUUGGCAAUAAAUGUCACUAAUUUCUUCCUUCCUGUGAGAUGUGCAUCACUAGCUUGUAUUAAUGGAGUGAUGAAUAUUUAUUUAAUUGGCUUUUAUUAGAUUUUAUGAAUGAAAAGACUGAGUCAAUUUUUGAGCAAGUAACUUUUAAAGCUCUAAUUUGUGGCAUUCCACAUUCCCCAUGGUGGGUGUUUUUGCUGACGAUUCUCAAUGCCUGAAUUAAAAACAAACCUACAGUAACCAACCAAACCUAACAGCCACCCCAGGCCCCAAACACUUCAUAAUUGGUCUUUGCUUUCCAUUGAACUCAUGCUUCCCUUGAAGAUCAGAGAGAAGAAAACAUGAGGUCCUUGUUGUCGGCAGCAGACACUGAGCCCUUUCUCUAGAAACUGGGAAAAUCUCUCCACCAAGGGGAGGCAUAUUUAUGAGAGACACAUUGGGUGCAGUGGGGUGAGGCAUGCUGUCCAUGGAACAGAAGAUGUUUUUUAGUCAUGCUUCUUUUUUUCAUUAGCUUGCCACAUUGCCAACUGUGAUUCAGCCAAAUGUCCUCCCACACCUACUUACAAUGUGCAAGAGCAAGGCCUUUGCCAAGACAAGCAUCCCUUAACAAAACGGAUCUCAACAGUAGACUAAACAUAUCCUGCGGUAGGUAACCCAAAAAAGGGACAGUAGAUUCUACGGUAUGACACAAUUUCCUGUCGUCCCCUGCACAUUCCACAUUAGCACCAUUCCUUGGUAUCUCUCUUCCUCCACCUAGAAACGAACAACAAGUUGAUUCAAAGACGAAACUGACUGUUUGUGUGGUGGUGGGGUGUCUAUUUUUGUAUCUCGAAGUGCAAUAACUAUGUACCAUUUUAACUUGAGAAUCCUUGCAGAUCAUUGCAUGUGACAAAUAUAAUACAGACAGGGUGCAGCUGGUGAAGGAGGCAGGCGACUCCCUCAGAAAAUGUGGCAGGUGGUGCGGUUACAGGUCUUUGUAUGGGAUCUUGUAUAGGAUUUAUUUGAAUAUGAGUGGUUUUCGGCAAGUAAUUUAACUGCUAUGUAAUCAUUCUUCAACACAGUCCAUGCUGCAUAAAUUCUAAUAAUCUCUUUUAUAAUUUGCUGCAUGACUAAGUCAGUUUUACAAUUAGCACACCACACAACACGGUAAUCUUUUCAACUUCAGAGAGCAUUCUUAUUAGUAGGACUGUAAUUCUCACUGGAGCCUUCCCUUUAUAGACCAAACAAUUGCAUGACUCUUACAAACUGUAGUGAACACACUUCUGAAUUUUGUGGACCAACUUCCAUAGAGCUUCAUGGUUUAUGUUUCUGGCAUUUUUGAUUCAGUGUAGGAAUGUAUGCAGAGUUGAAAAUAAUAAUAAUAAAUAUUUAUUAGUAGCACUUCCCGCUCUUGUCCAGCUAUCGGUCUGGUGAUUCAUUAAAGUAGCGAGUGGGGAGGCAUUCAAAAACUGUUUUAAUUGGAGUUGGUAAUAGGAGCAAAACUUCACCCACCGAUAAUACUGUCAAAAUUGUUUAUCUCCAAAAUGGGCACUUGUGUGUCCUUUCAGGCCCAUGGGGAAGCUCCAUGGCUGAACUAAUCCAAACUGAUAUGAGGGUGCCUGUGGUCCGUGGAGGAGCCAGGCAAGGCUGGAAAGUAAAUAUCAGCCUGUUGUUAAUUAGGAAAUAAAUUACAUACAGUUUACUCUUGAGAGCUAUUAAAAUAGUUUGACCCUGACUUCUCCAAACAACCAAACAAGUUCAUUUCCAGGAUGCAAAGGAUGAAGGAUGAGUAUAAAACAAUAAAUCAGGCCCAAGAGAAUUGUGGUCAAACACAUUUACAAUCAAAAUGGCCUACAGCCCACUGUACAGUUAACUCAGUCUUGAAGGUGUUUUCAACUCAGUUUUUUUCAGUCUGUUUACAUUUAUUUCCAAUGUGCAACUGAUUUUUUUUGCUUAGCACAUGCUUUAAAGGGGCCAAGAUUUUGUGAAGUUAUGUAAAUGGAAACCAUAUACUGCAUUUCUAUACUUGCACUUCGCCCUAAAACACUUCAGAAAGCCAUCUUAUUUCAUUAUUCACUGCACACAGCACACUUCAGGAAACCACUCAAAGCAGAGAAAUAUAGAGCGACACGUCAUGGUACCAAAGCCAUUAUCACUGACCUCUCUAAUUGCAGGCCUGUUGGGCCCUCAUCGCGAGAGGAGUUCAGACGUCCAGAUGAAAACAAACAUCUUCCUGGCGCAGAUGUAGCAUCCAAGCUGUGUGGAAGAUGACAAUAACUGAAUCCAGGUGUGGGAAGAGAUAAGUCAUAUUAGAAUGCAAUGGUGUGUGAGGUCAGCUAGGGAGGCCCACCAGCUGUAGAGCAACUGGAGGAAAUGUUAGACCACAGACAUCAAGAGGAACAAGAUUAUCUUGUGAUGGAUUUUAAUAAUUUGGGGGAGCUGUUUGGAAAAGGGAAAAGGCAAGGGAAAAUACUAGUGGUCUUUGGCCUCACAGUCCAUCACUUACAGAAUCUCAGGCUUCGAAAGUGGUUGCACAUGGAAGAAUGCAGUUUUCAGGAGGAGAAAGCUUUGACAGGGGAAUUGGCUUAUUCACAAGGAGAAGCUAUCGGGGGAGUUUGAAGGACAAGGCAGCACUAAUAGCCCAAGUUAACCAUUAUGUAAGGCCUUGCAUGAGAAGUUAACUGAGCUAUCCAAACAGCUCCUUUGUCUUCUGAGGAACUUCAAAGAAGAUUAAAGGACCAUUAUAAAUGUUUGGUUUAAUGAGUUGAGGGAAAUUCUUGAGUUUCCAAAGUCUUUAGAAUCAAAUAAGAUGGAGUUGGGAAAGUUUGCGGGGAAAAUCCAAGAGAUAACAAACUCAUUGCUGAGAUUCCUUUUUUAAUGAAAAGAAAAUGUAUUUGAUGUCAAAAAGAUUUUGUGCUCAAUGAUUUCAGAUAAUACUAUAUUGCAACUCUGAAGUGUUGACCAGAAUUGGUGGGAUCCCAUGUCAUAAGCAAUUCUGUGGAUUAUUCACUUUUUCUUUCUUAUUCUCAAUACCAGCAAAUAUAAGUAGUUUUGCUUAAUUAUUUCACUGUCACAUUUCUAUCAGUAUGCCAUGAUGCCUCUUGGUUAGGAAUAUCAGCUGCCUUUAAUAUACACUAUUAUCUGGGGAUUACAAUAGUUACUGGACUGAAAUAAGGGGUCUGUGGUGAUUUAUGUUGUAAAGGGCAUCUAUAUUAUCCUGGGUUUAUUUGCUUAUUUUAGGUUUAAAUGUUAUUUCUGUAACAUUUGAAAUUGAAUUAUGAAUCUGUGAAGAUCGUUUAUCAUAAUUUCAUCUACUUUUUAAAAGAAAACCAUCACUUGCAAAAUGUAACAAUAAUGGUGACCAUCACUGUCUAACAUCAAGGAGAAAAAUCAGAAGCACAAAGUUGUCAAACAGCAGGAAACAAUAAGGAUUUCAGUGUGCAGUUAACAUGCACAGAUUUAUCACUCCUCCUCUUGCCUGUACAGUGUGGCUGGUCUCAGGGAGACCAUAAUUUAUCUGUGGAGAUAUCCUUGAACUUUUCAACUGUGUCUGGGCUAUAAAAAAAAAAAAAAAAAGAGUUGUCUAAUUACCAUUGUGCUCCAGGAAGUCACCCUGAGCCCCAAUAAAUACAUUCUGUAAACUGGCUCCUGAUAAUGGUCUGUAAACCGUUAUAUAGCACUAAUGUUUGCAUGGUGUUGCUCAUCUCUUUUUCCCCCUGUUUUUAUGUGUAAAUUGUGUAUUGUAUGAACUAUA